UGGAUCUGAACCCAGGGACACAUCUAGAUUAGAAGAUGCCAGGGUUGGAGGAUCUUCCUAAAGGCAAAGACCAGAUACAUUCAAACAGAAACGAACCAUGUUCACUGAGCAGCAACUGAAAGACCUGAACAUCUUAUUCGAUGAGAAUCCAUACCCAAACUCCAGCCUUCAGAAAAAAAUGGCCUCAAAAAUAAAUGCACCCCCUACAGUACUGCAGGUCUGGCUCAAGAACUGCAGAGCAAAACUCAAGAAAGCCAAAUGCAAGCAUCUUCAGCAAAAACGAGAAACUCCACAACUGCCAAUACCGGAGGGUGGGGUCACCACCAGUGCCAGCUGGAGAAAUGCAGACACGCUACCCAGAUUGCCCAGCAUUGCUCAUCCAAUCGGCCUGGUGUACACGGGUCAUCAGGUACCCUCAUUCCAUCUUAUCACGUAUCCCAACUUCAAGGUCCAUGCAAAUGAGUUCCUUGGCCACAGAAUGGUCCCUUUUGGCUGCUGCCAAGAUCCUAACAUAUACUUUCUCUACCCCAUUGUGGAAUCCCAAGUUUAUGCCCCAAGCUUCAUUUCUGCUUCUUCUGCCUGCUCAUCUCUACAAAGUUGAGAGAGAUGAUAAAUACAAAAAGUCACAUGCUGAAAAAAAAUUCUAGUCAUUUCCUUCCAUAAUAUUUUAGCCUUACUGCAUGAAAUAGAAUGAGCACUUGAAAACAGCUGCAUUCCUAGCAUGGGUCUGUAUCUGGUCUAAACUCAGACACAGACCCUUAAAUUGAGGUCAGGACAUCCUGGGCUCUGACUGCUGUGGCAGAAGUGACAUUGGUCUUUUUGAGAGUAUCAUGCAUAUAAAUAAAAGGACACAUUAAAAGGAACCUUGGCAACUACACAAUAAUGACAUCUGUAAGAGCUAUCUAGGGUUUAGAGCCAUUGAUGUGAACAAGUGUUUGACCUAAGUUAUCUCAUUUGGUCCUGAUAGUAUCACUGUGAAGGGAGGGUAAUUUCACUCAUUUUACCGAAUCUUCAACCAAGACUCUAAGAUGUUAGAACUUGAAGAGAUCUCGGA